CUGUAAAGCUCCACGUCGACUGCGUAGUCGCCAGAUUCUCACGCUCGAUCACCAUGUCUUCGCACCAGCGUGCCUCCUUCCCUUCAACAUCGUCCUAUCAUUAUUCUCGUUCUCUUCAAUCAGGAAUUGUCUGGGGUCGAAUGAGUAUCUCGUAGACAAGAAAACGUAACCGCAUUCGCUAUGGAAACUUCCACUAUCGUCUAUGCUGGCAUCGCAGCAGUCUUUGGGGUGGUGAUAGUUUUAUACCUCGCACUCAUCGCAUGGUCUCCCGACCCAAUAGUCACACACGACUCCGAAAAGAAAUACCGCUCACACAAGCACCGCACCGAUGCCCAGCCCCUACCACGUCUCUCCGACCCCAGCACUGUCGACCUCAGCGUCGUCAUCCCCGCCUACAAUGAGACCGAACGCCUCCCCAUCAUGCUCGCCUCCGCUAUCGACCACCUCAGCAAAACGACGCACUCAUUUGAGGUGCUCAUCGUUGACGAUGGCUCCUCUGACGACACCUCUGCCGCGUCUCUCAGUCUCGCGGGGAAGUACCCGAAGUGUGAUAUCCGUGUAGUGACCCUGGAGAAGAACCUGGGUAAGGGCGGUGCGGUGCGUCAUGGGAUGCUCUAUGCGAGUGGGGAGAGGCUCUUGAUGGUCGAUGCGGACGGAGCGAGUCGGUUCAAUGACUUGGAGCUUCUCUGGCGCGCCAUGGACGAUAUUGCGCCAAACUGCGGUGCUGGAGUCGUCGUCGGGAGUCGGGCACAUCUCGUCAGAACUGACGCGGUCGUAAAGCGUUCGCUACUACGGAACAUCCUCAUGUACGGAUUACACACCAUUUUACGAAUCGUAGGCGUCGGACACAUCCGUGAUACUCAAUGCGGGUUCAAGCUAUUCUCGCGCUCUGCGGCACAGCAGAUAUUUCCUCACCAGCAUCUGCCUACGUGGAUAUUCGACGUCGAGCUCCUCCUACUUGCCAAGCAGCUCCGUAUACCUGUCGCGGAAGUGCCUAUUGACUGGCACGAGGUCCCAGGGAGCAAACUAAAUGUUGUGACAGCGUCUUUGCAGAUGUUGAGGGAUUUGUUGAUUGUUAGGGCAAAUCAUUUGCUGGGGAGGUGGAAACCGUCGGAUAAGGUUAAAUCGGAUUGAUUGUUUAGAGUACUACUACAUAUGAGAAAAGUAUAUACAAGGUAGCAGUCUACGCAGUGCUCUAUUGGACUACCUUGGCAAGUUGCCUGUGUGCCC